AUGUCCUCGGCACUUACCUAUCCUCUUCCUGUUCUCCCUUCUAUCCCAGACAAUCUCGAACAUCUCGACUCACGCCAUGCUUUACCCCAUUUGAUGGCAUUAAUGAAGAACACCCUCAUUCGUGGUCUGAAUCGCGUCCAUGCAUGUGCGCCUCUCAUCAUUGUCGGCCACCCCAUUCUUCUGCCUUUCCUUGACUACGUGCGAUUACUCCUUGCGCAAUUGGAUGUGCACCUCGAGGAGGAUGCUAUUUUUUUCUCUGUGAACGCGCUGGCAGGGGUCACCACAACCGAAGUUAACCCUGCUACUAAGACUAUCAGGGAAUCCAUAAUUUCAUUGACGAGUUUGGUAUUGGCAUGGAUUUUGGAUGAGUCCAAGUUCUGUCCGAGCGCUCUAUGUGAUGGACUCUCGUUUGGGCCUCUCCUGGUUGGCGUUAUGCAGGCACAGAUCAGUGCGCUUACCCCCACGCUGCUCAGCUCGAUUAUAUCCCACGUGGACCUUCUUGAAUUGAUUAAAGCCAGCGUCAGUCGCAUCAGUGAACGCUCGGACAUGACCUUCCUGCUUCCUUUUGUUGUCUCGCAUCAUGAUCGUACCACCUCUACCCAUUGGCCCAAGGUUCCCGAAGGUUGUGUUGAGAUGUUCCCAACCCUCAUUCUCAAUCACCCAGGAUGCUGGCAAUUCGCGCCAUACAAUCCUCUCACCAAUGAGACUCAGAGCUUGAUCACCAUCUAA